UGCCAAUACUUGAGCAAGGGUGGAAAUGACUAUUAUAAGUUAUGAUUCAACCGUUGGCUAGCUAUCUAUUGUGUUUCAGUUUCCAAAUGGUUUGAUUUCAGGCACUUCUGUGUCUUUGUGUAAACUGUAAACAUUUAUCGAUGGGCUUGCCGACAUGUUAAAGUCACCAGCAUAUACGCGGUUUAAUUGUAAAACGAUGAAAAUAAAUUAUGGGAGAAGGACGUUUACGGGUCAUGUACAUUCUUGAGAAAAGCAGUUGGCUAUGCUUAGGUGGUGUGCAACCAAUACCGCGAGCCAUUCACGGCCGUUACGUAAAUAUUUAAACAAAUGCAUGCCAGACGCAGCAGAAACCCAAUUGCAUUAGACUUGUAUCUUGGUAAUAGUUAACUUUGUAUUUGAAGUAUAGACUAGAAUAGACUUUACCUACAAAGCAUCAAACAGAUAGAGUUUCAAGUUGUUAUAAUAAGCGAUAGAUUUGAAAAAAUAAACUGAACCUUUUUUGUUAAGGACGUCAUGGUGUAUGGCUACGGUUCGUAUUUGUUUACGGAGAAUUAUUGUAUUGAAGCCAUUUUCACGGAGCGCUUAUGUGGUGUUUUGUUAUAUCUGAUACGUAGUAUUACAGUAACUAGUUGGGCCAACAAACACCUUUUACCUGCACACUGUACAUUUCUUUGCAGCUUGUUCAAGGUUUGUUUAUAUACGUAUGUAGCUCGGAAAUGAUUGCAUUGUUUUUAAGUCUACAAUGACGACUUUAGAAAUACCACGAGCGGACUGGCAAUGCAAACUAGUUGUAAUCGGCGACUCUGGUGUAGGUAAAACUUCCGUCAUGCGAAGGUUCACGGACAACGAGUUCAGUUUUAACUUUGUAGCUACGAUAGGUAUAGACUUUAAAGUUCGAACAAUAAAAGUGAAAGAAAAAAUGAUUAAAGUUCAAAUUUGGGACACGGCUGGACAGGAACGCUUCCGAUCGAUCACCACAGCUUAUUACAGAGGCGCAAAAGGCGUCAUUAUAGUGUAUGACAUCACAAGUUUAAAAUCAUUCUCCCACGUCAACAACUGGGUCAUAAAUUUCAAUCGCUGGGCUGGCGAUGAUGUUCAAGCUUUGUUAGUUGGAAAUAAAUGCGACUUGGAAGAUCAACGAGUUGUGACCAAGAUGGCAGGGGAAAAGUUGGCAAAAGAGCACGGCAUGGAGUUCAGUGAAACGAGCGCAAAAGAUUGCACCAACGUAGACAUUGCAUUUAUGCGUAUACUAGAGAAAAUCGUAGAAAAGCACUUCAAGAAAGAAGAGAAAUCGGAUCGACCUAAGACAACUAUAAAACUAGACACUAGUAAGCCCUCCAGACGACCAGCGUGUUGUAAAUCAUAGCGAAUAUAAGGGACUAACAGUUCUGUAUUACUGUGAUGUCUUAUCUUUUACCAAAAUGUUUAUUAUUCCAACAGCGCAAUACUGUACUUUUUAUGUUUAAUUUACUUUUUAUUGCGCGACGUCGCAAGGCAACAUGGUUGCUCAAUUUCAUACACUCGUGCCCUGCAAUGAAUGAAUGUAACUUUAUCCUCGCGUAGCGAGAAGACGUCAGUCCUUACAACACUGAUGUUCAUACACCUCGUGCAAGCUUACGAGUUACCAUGUAUGUUAGUUUGUGAGUGAUUAUUUUGGGGGGAUUUUGUUUAUGUAUAGAUGAUAAUUUUGACAACCCAUUAGUGAGCACAGAAUGAGAGGUGUCCCAUUUUCCCCGACCCUACUUCAUGUAAGUUUACAGGUAAUUUUUAUCUAUAAGGUUGACAUACGCUUUUAUAACCGAUUUGAUUAUUCAGUAUAAUAUGAACCCUGUUUUUCAAAAUUAAAUUUUAUUUUACACA